UCUUGUAAGAACCAAUCGCCGCCGGUUUGGUUAGUUUGUUUGUAGAGCGAAAAACAGCUUUUCUCUACUUCUCUGUGUUCUUCUUCUAUUUAUGUUCUCAUUCUUCGUCUCUUUGAUCUCAGUUUUGAGCUUCCUUUUCGGCUGUUUUUUGUUGGUUUGUUUUCUGAAACCAAACAAACAUGUUGCGAAGAAUCGCUUUCAAUAAUUUAUGAUUGGGUAAAUGUUUUGGUUUUUGGUUGUUGGUCGUUGUUUCUGGAGCUGAUCAUGUUGUGGGGUUUUAUGGCGGUGGAAGAUUUUAGGUUAUGAAUAUGAUGAUCAGGUUUGAGGAAGCAGUGUUUGAGGUUGUAAAUAUGGGGUUUUGAGGUUUAAAGUUUCGAUUUUGGGAUUGGUUUUUUGGGGGGUUUUGAGUUUUAGUUUGGAGCUCUGUUGAGUUUAUGGUAGAAAAGAGCUUUCUUUGACGAGAAUGCUUUCGGAAUUGGGACGAAGACCGAUGCUUGGAGGCAACGAGGGAUCGUUUGGGGAUGAAUUCGAGAAGGAGAUUGGGCUGCUCCUCCGCGAGCAGCGUCGGCAAGACGUCGACGAUCGCGAGCGCGAGCUGAACAUGUGUCGGAGUGGAUCGGCGCCUCCGACGGUUGAGGGCUCCUUAAGCGCGGUCGGAGGGUUGUUCGGUGGCGGCGGAGCGGGUGCCGCCUCGUUUGCGGAGUUCGCCGGCGCUCAGAAUAAUGGAAAUGGGUUUGCGUCGGAGGAGGAGCUCAGGUCUGAUCCGGCUUAUCUCUCGUACUAUUACUCGAAUGUGAAUCUGAAUCCGCGGCUGCCGCCGCCUUUGCUGUCGAAGGAGGAUUGGCGGUUCGCACAGAGGUUGAAAGGAGGAGGGAGUUCUGGGGUGGGAGGGAUUGGAGACAGGAGAAAAGGGAGUAGAGCGGCUGAAGACGGCGGUGGCGGUGGCCGUUCGCUGUUUUCGAUGCCGCCGGGUUUCAACUCUAGGAAGCAAGAGAGUGAGUUCGAAUCGGAGAAAGUGCGUGGCUCCGCUGAGUGGGGUGGUGAUGGACUGAUUGGUUUGGCGGGUUUAGGACUUGGGAACAAGCAGAAAAGCCUUGCUGAAAUCAUUCAGGAUGACUUGGGGCGUGCAACCCCUGUUAGUGGGCUCCCUUCUCGUCCAGCCAGUCGGAAUGCUUUUGAUGAAAAUGUGGAUACUGUAAGUUCAGUUGAUGCUGACCUGGUACAUUUACACCAUGAUUUGAGGAAUUCGGAUACUCUACAAUCCGGUGCAAAUGGUAUUAAGGGAUCAUCUGUUGUUCAGAGUAUGGGCGCGCCUUCUUCGUACACUUACGCUGCUGCUCUGGGUGCUUCUUUGUCACGAAGCACCACUCCGGAUCCCCAACUUGUUGCUAGGGCUCCUAGUCCUUGUAUUACACCAAUUGGAGGUGGGAGAGUUAGUGCCUCAGAAAAGAGAAGUGUUAUCAGUCCAAAUCCAAACUCCUUUAAUGGUGUCUCAUCUGGCAUUAAUGAGUCUGCAGAUCUGGUAGCUGCAUUAUCUGGCAUGAACUUGUCAACAAAUGGUGUGAUAGACGAUGAAAACCAUUUGUCAUCACAUAUGAGACAAGAUGUUGACAAUCAUCAGAGUUAUCUCUUCGGUCUGCAAGGUGGUGAGAAUCACAAGCAACGACAUGCAUACCUUAAGAAGUCUGAAUCUGGGCAGAUGCACAUACAAUCUAAUCUGCAAUCAGCAAAAGGUUCGUUUUCUGAUUUGGGUAAGAGCAACGGUAGUGGGGCAGAUAUGAGCAACUCCUCUGUGAGGCCAGUCGAGAUUCAUAAAUCUGCUGUUCCUUCUAGCAAUUCUUACAUGAAGGGAUCUCCCACAUCCACUCUUAAUGGUGGUGGCUUACAUGCUCAGUACCAGCAAUUUGAUGGUUCAAAUCCAUCCUUCUCUAACUAUGGUUUGAGUGGGUAUUCCGUGAAUCCAGCAUUAGCAUCCAUGAUGGCGGGCCAAAUUGGCACCGGUAAUGUGUCGCCUUUUUUUGAUGGUGUUGCUGCAGCUUCAGGUGUGCCAUCUCCUGCAAUGGACUCGAGAGUGCUUGGAGGAGGUUUGGCAUCUGGACAAUCUGAAUCACAUAAUCUUGGUAGAAUAGGAAGUCAGAUGGCUGGAGGUGGUCUUCAAACACCUUUUAUGGAUCCUAUGUAUCUUCAGUACUUGAGGUCAUCUGAGUAUGCUGCAGCACAACUUGCUGCACUUAAUGAUCCUUCUGCAGACAGGAGCUACUUAGGCAAUUCAUAUAUGAACCUACUUGAACUCCAAAAGGCAUAUCUUGCUCUGUUAUCUCCCCAGAAGUCGCAAUAUGUUGGUGGGAAGUCUGGUGGUUCUAAUCAUCAUGGUUACUACGGAAACCCCGCAUUUGGUGUUGGAAUUUCUUAUCCUGGAAGUCCCAUGGCAAGUCCUGUUAUUCCAAAUUCUCCUGUUGGACCUGGUAGCCCUUUGAGGCACAGUGAGCUUAAUCUUCGUUUUCCUUCUGGGAUGAGGAGUUUGGCUGGAGGUGUCAUGGGAGCCUGGCAUCUAGAUGGUGGGUGUAACAUGGACGAAGGUUUUGCAUCCUCACUUCUAGAAGAAUUUAAGAGUAAUAAAACUAAAUCUUUUGAACUUUCAGAAAUUGCUGGACAUGUUGUCGAGUUCAGUGCGGAUCAAUACGGGAGUCGUUUUAUUCAACAAAAACUUGAAACAGCGACGACAGAAGAGAAGAACAUGGUUUAUCAGGAGAUCAUGCCCCAAGCUCUUGCUCUGAUGACUGAUGUAUUUGGUAAUUAUGUUAUUCAGAAGUUUUUUGAGCACGGGCUUGCAUCCCAGAGGAGGGAACUGGCCAACAAGCUUUUUGGCCAUGUUCUGACACUAAGUCUUCAAAUGUAUGGUUGUCGGGUGAUCCAAAAGGCCAUAGAAGUUGUUGACCUGGACCAGAAGAUUAAAAUGGUUGAGGAACUUGACGGAAAUAUCAUGCGCUGUGUUCGUGAUCAGAAUGGGAACCAUGUUAUCCAGAAGUGUAUUGAAUGUGUUCCUGAAGAUGCAAUUCACUUUAUUGUCUCUACAUUUUUUGAUCAAGUGGUUACACUGUCCACUCACCCAUAUGGGUGUCGUGUGAUACAGAGAGUCCUGGAGCAUUGCAAGGAUCCAAAGACACAGAGUAAAGUUAUGGAUGAGAUUUUAGGAGCUGUUAGCAUGUUGGCUCAAGAUCAGUAUGGAAAUUAUGUUGUUCAGCAUGUGCUGGAGCAUGGAAAACCUCAUGAGCGUUCAUCUAUUAUCAAAGAAUUAGCUGGGAAGAUAGUUCUAAUGAGUCAGCAGAAGUUUGCUUCCAAUGUUGUGGAGAAGUGUUUAACUUUUGGCGGUCCUUCUGAACGCGAGUUAUUAGUAAAUGAGAUGCUUGGUACUACUGAUGAAAAUGAGCCCCUUCAGGCGAUGAUGAAGGAUCAGUUUGCAAACUAUGUCGUACAGAAAGUGUUGGAGACUUGUGAUGACCAACAGCGCGAGCUGAUCCUUUCUCGAAUUAAGGUUCAUUUGAAUGCAUUGAAGAAAUACACUUACGGGAAGCAUAUUGUUGCACGUGUAGAGAAGCUUGUUGCUGCUGGGGAAAGGAGAAUCGCGGCUCAGACUCCACACCCUGCAUAGGAAAGAAAGAAGAUGUUUGUACAGCUAACUGAGGCUAGUGUGAGAUUCCUCCUUUCCUCUCUUUCUUCCGGUAGUUAGAGCAAAUACACGGCUCUCUGCCUGUCUUUUGGAACAGGUUAUGAGUUUGUUGGAAAUAAAGAUGUUGCUUGUACUUGGAAAGAAAAAUUGUACAUUGUGUAGUUUAAAAAUUUUAUACAUAGAAUCGAGCGAGGCUGAGGUUCAGAUGUUGAGCACAUCUAUACUCCUGCAAGAGAUGAGCGACUAUACGAGUUUCUUUAAGGGUGUAAAAAACAAAACAAAAAAGAUGAGAAUAUGUUGAGGUAGUUUGUUAUCUUAACGUGACUGUACAAAAUGUGCCAUGUGGAGAGCUGUUUAUGUUUAGGUGAGGCCAGUGUUUCUAUUAAUGUAUGCUUAUUAACGUUUCUCUUUUAUGAAAAAACGCAAUUUUCUAUC